AUGCCUCGAGAAGUCCUGUCUAGUUGGACGCUACCGUUCAAGAUCCUCUAUUCCGUAGUCAUCUCAUGCAUAUUUGUUGUUCCAGCAAUUGUGGGGUAUGCUUUGCAGCUUCACAUCACGAGCUACUCUUUUUGGGCCCUAGGAAUAUACGGAACUGUUGUCUUUAGCUUUAUCCUUCUUCAGUUGAUCUUUGCUACUCUCAAUCGCUGCUUCAUAUAUCGCUACAAAAGGAAUGCUCCAAGUCUCGUCUCACGGCGCCUAGUCAAUGCGAGCGCACAGGAAACAAUAGUCGAAAAAGACCUCACCGACCAGCAAAUCAUCAAGCCUGGGUCACUUGCAGAACAUGAGAUUUCUGAAAAGGUAGAGAUCACUGUCACCGAUGACUUCAAGGAGCGGCCGGCAACUCACAUCGGUCUGGCUGUGGUGGGUUACCGCGAAGACGACACGUUGUUCUCUCAGUGCCUCGAGUCAAUACAGCAAUUGAAGUAUCCAGAUCCUAUCAAGAUUGUCGUCGUAAUAGACGGAAACGAAGAGCAAGAUCGUGAAAUGGCCACCCUGUUUCAAAAGGCCUUUCCUGGCUGCCCUAUCAUCAGUCUUGAACAUCUGUUAUCAGAAACCCCAGUGUACGACCUCAGCAACCCUUCUGUACCAUCUUCCGAAGAGACUGUCAAAGAACAAGUCCGGCCCAUGACAGACGAAGAGCUCUUGCAAUCAACAUUUCUUCCAACCGACACCUGUGCCGUGUGCUACAUGCAGCCUCACCGUGGAAAGCGACAUGCGAUGUAUACAGCCUUUAGAGUAUUGAUGGCAGCCGGAUGCGAGGCUGUCAUGACAACCGAUUCGGACACAAAAUUUGACUCUAGUGCGCUGCUGGAACUCGAGCAGGCUCUUUAUUGGUACCCAAAUAUCGGUGCGUCUGCUGGUGAUGUGCGAAUCUGGAAUAAUAGGGACAGCUUGUUGUCUUUUAUGUCUUCACUGCGAUACUGGAUGGCGUUUAAUAUCGAAAGAGCCGCCCAAAGUAUACAUCGUUGCGUUACCUGCGUAUCUGGUCCGAUGGGAUUGUACAAAUCCAGCGUUCUAAAAGACAUAAUCGAUCCCUGGAUUAAGCAGCGUUUCUUGGGUAUGGAGUGCACAUAUGGCGAUGAUAGGCACUUGACAAACCGGGUCUUGAUGGGUGGACAUCGAGUGGUUUUUACUCACCUAGCGUUCUGCGAAACAGAAACACCUACCGAGUUUUUACGAUGGUUCAAGCAGCAGACACGGUGGUCAAAGAGUUUCUAUCGCGAGUUGCUCUGGAACGUCCAGAGCCUACAUAAACACAGUCCGUGGAUGGCAGCCGAGUUGUUUUAUCAGGGUCUCUAUCCAUUUGUUCUCCUGUUUUCGAUUCUGUACAUCUUGUGGGCCCAUGCACCUAUUGUUCUUGCAAUCUGGUUAAUAUCGCUGUUUGUCAUUGCUUCUAUCAAGACGCUAUAUUCACUGGUUGUCUCGCAAUCAUUGGGAUUCCUGGCCUUUCCUUUUUAUUCGGUCUACUACCUCCUUGGCCUGGUGCCAGCCAAAAUAUGGGCUCUUGUAUCACUCUGGGAUGUUGGCUGGGGAACAAGUGCGAGAUCUGUAGCCGAGAGAAAGCGGGAAAACGUAUUCUUGUAUCGAGUCAAGGAAGCUUUGCCAGUAAUAAUCUGGAUUACCAUAAUUGUGGCUGGUAUUACUUACAACCUUGUUACUUUCUUUACCAGCCCACAGCAAACCCAGGCAGGGGUCUUGGACCCGACCAGCAUCGUGUUUUAUCCAAAUCCUUAUUACACCAGUGGUGUAUAA